UUUUACCCCACAGAUGAUCGGCACAGGAACAAACGUGAGCAAACUGGAGUCGGCCAUGGACACCCUCAUCGAAGUGUUUCAAUGCUACGCCUCAAAAGGGGGCAACAAGUACAAGCUGGAUUUCCUGGAGCUGAGGAGACUGAUACAAGGAGAGCUGAGCCACUACCUGCAGGACAGCUGGGACUGUCGAAGGGUGGCGGAGAUCAUGUCUGACCUGGACAAGAAUAGGGAUGGCGGUGUGAGCUUUGAGGAGUUUGUUGCCUUGGUUACUCAGCUGACCGUGACCAGCACCACCUACUUUAAAGGCUACACUCCUGUUGUUUUCCACUGUGGUCAAAUGAAAGACGGGCGUUUUCAGAGACUGUGA